CCAUCCGUAGGUCAUACCGCACAUUUGGGGUAUUUAUUGUAGUGGCUUAUUUUAGGUUUCUUAUCCGCAUCCUUGGCCGAAAUGUCCGCGGUUACUGGAACCUUCUAUUACUUUGCGUUUGGGAGCAACCUUUUAGCAAAGCGGAUACAUAUUCAAAAUCCGACUGCCGUGCGCAAAGGAUAUGGGUAUUUAAAAGACUACAGUUUGGAUUUUUUCCACUAUGCCGCUCGUUGGAGAGGAGCUCCGGCAACAAUCGUAGAACAAAAAGGGGAAGAGGUGUGGGGAGCGAUAUGGGAAAUCGACAACAGCAAUCUAGCUGAUUUAGACCGACAGGAAGGCGUACAUAACAGCGUUUAUAAACCGCUAACCUUACCCGUCGUGUUGCCCGGCGGUGACACGCUAGAAUGUCGAGUUUAUCAACUCGUAAAAAAUCCGUGCUGCCUGGCACCGGAUGCUGAUCGUCCGUACGAAAGGCAGCCCUCGAAAACGUACAUGAACAUUAUAAUCAAUGGGGCAAAAGAGACAGGUCUUCCAGAGGACUAUAUUGCACUGUUGAAGCGAAUUAAACACAAUGGUAACACCGGUGAUCCACAGUUAUCGAUGGAACUAGAAAAACCUAUCGAAGAGUGAGUCAUAACGAACAUAACGUAAAUAUCCUCCACAAUACGUACAAAUUUUACGAUGUUUGUUUUGGUCAGGUAAGCUAAGCUUUCUUUCGUAUUUGCAGCUUAUUGCGAAGCAAUUCAGGGAAAAAAUGUGCAGGUGUAAUGCGACAUUUCUAAAAUAAAAUUAUCAGAGAUAAUUUUGAAAUAAACCUCUGAG